CAUGGCCUCUUGGGGAAUUCGCGGCUUGGCCCAAUCCUGGGGUCAGCUCCAACAAGCCCAAAAGUUAAUUGUGCCUUCGAGCCGCGGGAUCUUGGGUGCCCGCCCUCGUCCACAAUCCACGCACGCCCAAACGGACGCCGUCAGCGGGAAUGUGCCGCCCACCCAAAUCUCCGUGAUGGACAACGGCAUGCGGGUGGCCACCGAGGAUUCGGGCAGUCCCACGGCCACGGUGGGACUGUGGAUCGACACGGGCUCGCGCUACGAAACGGCGGCCAACAAUGGCGUCGCUCACUUUCUGGAACACAUGGUUUUCAAGGGCACGGCCAAGCGCACCCAAAACGCGCUCGAAUUGGAAAUUGAGAACAUGGGCGCCCAUUUGAACGCCUACACGUCACGGGAGCAGACCGUGUUCUACGCCAAAUGCUUGUCCGGCGAUGUGGGGCACGCUGUGGAAAUCCUGUCGGACAUUCUGCAAAAUUCGAAAUUCGACGAGCAGGCCAUUGAGCGCGAGCGCGGCGUCAUUCUCCGCGAAAUGCAAGAGGUGGAGAUGAAUCUGCAAGAGGUAGUGUUCGACUAUCUGCACUCGGUGGCCUUCCAAGGCACGCCCUUGGGUCGUACCAUCUUGGGCCCGACCAAGAACAUCAAGUCCAUCAACCGCGACGAUCUACGGUCCUACAUUGACACCCACUACAAAGGACCCCGCAUGGUCGUGGCCGGCGCCGGUGGCGUGGCUCACCAAGACUUGUGUCAACUCACCCAACAACAUUUCGGCCAAAUUGGCACCCAAUAUCAGGCCGAGAUCCCCUUGGACUUGCACUGUCGCUACACUGGCUCGGAAGUGUUGGCUCGGGACGAUGCCAUGCCUUUGGCCCAUGUGGCUUUGGCCGUGGAGGGCGUGGGCUGGACCAACCCCGACAACAUUCCCCUCAUGGUGGCCAACACCAUGUUGGGCAAUUGGGACCGCUCCAUGAUUGCGGGACCCUCCAAUGCCAGCAACUUGGCCAAGAACGUGUCGGCGGGCAGUUGCAAUUCCUAUCAAGCCUUCAACACGUGCUACAAGGAUACGGGUCUCUGGGGUGUGUACUUUGUGGCGGGCAACAUGCAGUUGGACGACAUGGUUCAUUUCAUCACGGAGGAGUGGAUGCGAUUGUGCACGACGGUAUCGGACUUCGAGGUGGAUCGUGCCAAGAAUCUGCUCAAGACCAACAUGAUGUUGCAAUUGGACGGAACCACGCCAGUGUGUGAGGAUAUCGGCCGACAAAUGCUUUGUUACGGACGGCGGAUGUCCGCCCAAGAGUUGGAGAAGAGGAUUGAUGCUGUGGAUGCUGCUUUGGUCAGAGAUGUCUGCUAUCGUUAUAUCUAUGACCAAUGCCCUGUGGUGGCUGCCGUGGGACCCAUUGAGAAUUUGCCCGACUACAAUGUUAUCCGGUCUAAAUUGUUCUGGAAUAGGUUGUAAAUGAAGUCUGGCGUUGCGGGACACCAUCCACGAAUCCAUGAAAAUUAAAUCAUGAGAUCAAGAAAUAGCGCUAAAGAGGGAAUACAUAAAAAAAUUAGCGUCAUUCAUACUUGGCCUCAAUCAUGGAACAUGUUUCAAUAAAUGAGACGUGUGUCUUUUUUUGUUUUCAA